GCCACAUGUGAUUUUGGCCAUUCUCAUUCGUCGAAUUUCUGUUGCUUUAUCAUUAUUAUCUCCAUUUUCGGUUUCUUUUUUUAAUUCGUUAUAAUUACCUGUAUUUAAUUCGUCCGUGACAAAAAAGACAAAAAUGUCGUCCGAAGAAAAUGUUCAGCCCGAUUCAUUGAAAGAGAAAGAAGAAGAAGAAGAAGCAGCUGAAGAUGUUGCCAGUGUUGAAGAUAUUACUGUACUUGAUAAGCCUAGUGAUGAUGAUGAAAAUAAAACUGAUCUGAAAUUGGAAGAUUUGGCCAGUGAUAAUAUAGUUACGCCGAUGAAUUCGGAAAAAAGUAGCGAUAAUGGUCCAUCCGGAACGGUAGCCAAAAUAAUUACUAUUUUGAAUGAUGAUAUCGAUGAUGAUGAUGACGAUGAAGAAUUUGAGGAUGAAACAAUUGUUGAAAGAUUGAUUGGUUUAACCGAAAUGUUUCCCGAACCUGUUCGUGAUUUUACCUGGAAAUUCAGUACAAGUUCGUAUAGUUUUGGAAAAGCUUUUUAUGAAUUUAGUCGUUCGGCCGUAUGGAUUAUAUCAACAACAGCGAUUAUUCUUUCUGCGCCUGUUCUAAUCGAAAGUGAAAAAUCUCAAUUAGAAGAAAUGAAUCGUCAACAACAGCGUCAGAUAUUGUUGGGACCAAGUGCAGUUGGCGCAACACCAUCAUUGACACCUCCAUUAAAAUCAGUUUAAAUGACGAAUGAAAAAAAUUAAUUAUCAGUAAUAGCCAUAUUUUGUUUAAAUCAAUGAAUUUCUGUUUGUCAAAAUAGUAAACAUUUGUAUUAUUUCCUUUC